AUGGUGGUGGAAGAACCGGAGCCGGUUCCGACCUACACUCCUCCUACGGCUAAAUCUCCUGGCAUUCCUGCGAAGGCUUACCCGGGGCAUACCGUUUGGCAGCCACCUCAGUCCGGAUCACCGGUGAUGAGCACAUCGUCGAGGCCGAUCUCCUAUUCGCCGGGGGAUUUCGUGGCUGAACCAGCCCCAGAGCCAGGGCAGGAGGAACCCACAGGGUUGGGCGCUACCGCCAGUAGCCACUUGAGCCCGGACCCAGUCCCCAAGAAGGCCAGGGGCCCUGUGGGUGAAACGAGCUAUGUCGAGAAGAUCCCUCAGUGGCUGGUCCAAUCCUGGGGCAGAGUCGGCGUCGUAUACAUCCGACGUGUGGCACAGGAUAUUCUUCAUGGGGCACAACAACAUGGGUAUAUGGAUAGCAUCCAGGAGGCGAACCGCACCAACCCGCUGCUCAUGGACCUCCAGUCAGCAUAUCCGGAACCCCAAGACCCAGCUCCGCCCAUGAGUGCCAGCACCGGGACGUACCGUCCGAACUUCAACUUCCGGGACUUUCUCCAGAGGCCUAGCCUCGGAGAACAUUUUCACCCAGGAGAAGGACCUCCCCGGCCGGGCCGCAGCCCCCUCCCCUGCAUCUACGACCAGCCUACACACGACAUGCCUCUGGCAGCGUCUAUGGCGGAAGCAGACCAUGCUGCAAAUUGCAUGGGCAUGUGGGCCCGGAGGCUCUUGGGUCAGGAGGAGGAUUCUGAUGUGGAGCUGACAGCUGAGGAGAGAGCAGAGGUGGCCAGAAUCGAGGAGGAAUGUUCCGACCUGGAACGGCGGAUGAGAAAUUUGUCAACCACGCAGCAGCGCUCCCUCCUCGAGAACCUCGCCAACGCUUCCAGUGCUGUGAUAGGUGGCCUUCUUGCAGACACUGUGAGGCGUACCGCCCAGAUGAGGGGAAAAGGAGCGAAGGGCAGUGGGAGGCAGAAGGUGAAAGCAAACCAGGCCUCGGCGAAUAAAGAUCCCAAGUAUUUGGAGGAUCUUAGCAAGGGGCUGAGCCACACCGAGGCUUUUAUCCGGCAUCGUUCCCGCCUGCGUGCAAUCCAGCACCAGAUGGAAUAUGGGGACGUGUCGCUCCAGCCUCGAGCCACCCAGCUGCAGACUGACAGGCCGUUACCGCCGAUGCUAAGCCUCGGGAGGUCGCACCGACUGGGCCUUUUGGACCGACUGCACCGGUUGGAGCAACGAGGCGUUACCUGGACCCAAGAAGAUGUCGACCGGUGCCUGACCAUGGAGCGCUUUCUCGACUACUUGGAGAACAGGGAAGCACAUCAACCGGAUGCACCGUCCGAAACCCCUGGGACAGCUUCGAAGUCGGCAGGUGCUCCACCACCACGGGACCCGACCUCAAGGGGACCCGAAGAUGAGCAAAGCACCUCUACCAGGCCGAACCCAGGCUCAUCCGACCCGAGGACUACUACCACCAACCAGGAUGAGACACUGGGGAACCCAAGUUGGACAGCUCAGGCGUCGGGCGAACCGCCCUCAGAAAUAUCACCGGAGAAGCCCCCCUACUGGGCCGAGCUCUACAUCACCAUCAACUACAACCGCUGCCGGGCGGCCAGUUGA